AUGGGGAUUAUUAAAACUCUAUCUCUUAUUGUUUUCUUCAGCUACGUAAAAUGUGAGCCUCUUCAAACAAGUUUACUACAUGCAGCCAGGCAGCAUAGUACCCGUCGGGAUUAUAUGGAGGAGAACCUAAGAGAUGCUGCCAGCAUUAUGGUUGCUCAGUUUCUUCAGGAUGCAGCUUAUGAAGAAGUCCAAACCGUAGCUGAAGAGCUGCUGGAUCUUGCUGAAAACUGUAAGGUUCUCAGAUCACAUGAGUUACCUGCAGAGUGUGUUCACCAACUGAUGGCUACCUUCCUCACACAUAUUUGCAACAACCAAGGGCUGGUGGGCAGUGAUGUGUCCACUAACUGUUGUAAGAUGGAAAACACAACAAGACUCAAGUGCUUCCUGUCCUAUAAGAAAGAUCAUGAAGAUGACAUUGAUACACCCCUGAUUCCAGGACCUGAGCUGACCUGUGAGAUGGAUGCAGGAAGUCACAUGUUGCUGAAGGCAAGGUACAGGUAUGAAAUUUCUAGAAGGCACCCAUUCUUAUAUGGACCCACUAUCUUGACCAUGUCUGCUUGCUAUGAAACAGCUGUUCGGUUGUGUUGUCAAGAGGAAAAUAAAACAGAUAAAACAGAGUGCCUGCAGGCAAAGCUAGAACCCAUCAGAAAAUAUAUUAGAGAAAUAUCUGCAAGACAUCAUCAUUUAUGUGAAAUUGGGAUUAAAUUCAAUGACAAUAUAGCAAGAGCAGUAGAAUUGAUUCUGCUCACUAAAAAGCAACCUAAAGCUAAUUUUUCUGAAAUUGCCAAAUUGACCACAGAUAUUAAAAAUCUGCAUGAGACCUGUUGUGAAGGAAAUACAAUGGCAUGUGUUCUGGGCAGGCACCAGCUUAUGAACUAUACCUGCUCUAACCAGGCCAUCUUAUCCAGCAAGUUUGCUCAGUGCUGUGAACAGCCAGAACCAUUCCGAGGCGAAUGUAUUAUCAACUCAGGAAGUGACGACAAGCCCAACCUUUCACCCCUGUCACUCAGAAGGUUUACAGAAGACCAGUCUGCCUGUGAGCAAUUCAAUAACAAGCAGGACGACUUUCUUCAAGAGUUUCUUUAUGAAUAUUCAAGGAGACACCUGGAGUUGGCAGUUCCAGUGAUUUUAAGAGUGUACACCACAUAUAAACAUUUACUGGAGAAAUGUUGCAAGUUAGAAAAUCCUUUGGAAUGUCAUAGCCAUGGGAAAGAGAUGUUCCAAAGAGUGGUCUGUGAAAACCGUGACCGUGUUAAAACUCACUGUGACUUAUACCAGAAGUUAGGGGGCCCUGCCUUCCAGGACAGGCUCACAGUCCUUUAUACUAAGAAAGCCCCACAGCUGUCUUCGCAGGAGUUGGUGACAUUCACGAGGAAGAUGGCAGCGGCUGCCAGUAGAUGCUGCCCACUAAGUGAUGAGCUGCAAUCCACCUGUGUCGAGGAUGCGGCAAAGCUGGUACUUGGAGCUCUGUGCAGAAGACAUGAUACCAAGCCUGUCAAUGCCGGAGUGGGCCACUGCUGCGACAACUCCUAUGCCUUCAGGAAGCCGUGCUUUGAUGACCUGCAAGUCGAUGAAACUUACGUUCCUCCAUCUUUAUCUUGUGACCAAGUCAUCAGCCUUGAAGAGGAGUUGUGCCGCGCCCAGGAGGAGGCGCUCCAAAUUGAAAAGCAAAAGCUCCUCAGUAACCUCGUGAAGCAGAAACCACAGGCAGCAGAAGAGGCAUUCCUGUCCAUUGGUGAGGGUUUUAUGCAGCUGGUGGAGAUGUGCUGCCAUGCAGAAACGAGGGAGAUGUGUUUUCAAGAAGAGGGACUCCAACUGAUCAGGAGGUGCCAGCUCCUCUUAGAGACUGAGUCAUCGCAAAGAGUGCCCAUGUAGGAUAAUCACUGAGAUUGGCAGUAUGGAAGAUAACAGAGUGUCUUCUCAUCGGCUCAGUGUUGGAGAAGAACACCGGCUGGUCCACACCAUCUUUCCUUUCCCAGAUCAGCCCCUCCAGGCUCUCCCACACAAGUUCUGCCUCUCAAGAGCAGUGGCAGAGGCAUGAACCCAAACAAUAUUCAAGGUCUCCAGCCCAUUUAAUGUGUAGGCACGUCUGCUGGGAACCGGCUGCUGGGCCCCCACAGUGAAGACUUCAAGGUCAACAUGGAGCGGUCUGUACCACUUCUGAGAAUGACUGACUGUUGAUGAACUGAGGGAACGAUGCUAACAAAAUUACCUCCAUGAUGGGUUCUGACUCCUACUCUCCUGUGUGUUUGUGAUGUUGACAUUGCCAGCCAUGGCUCCUAAUAUAUUUGUAUUAAUUUGAGCAUUAUUGGGUGACUACUGCUUUCUCUGGAAAUUCUAAUGAAAAUGAUGCAAAGGACUUAUAAUUGGGUCUUUAAAACUUUUUCUAUGAUUGUUUUAUAUAAUUAAAACAGUAUUAGUUUAGUGCUUAUUAAAUAAGUGGAGUAUUUUGAAUGGGGAAAUAGAAAACUUUAAAUUCUAA